GGAAGUUUAAAGCGGGGGAUGGCGUUAACGGCUGAGCCGCGCGGCCGCUCGCCGCCGUAGGAGGCCCAGCAGCCCCUUCCCGCCCUCCCGCUUGGAGCUUCCCGCCACGCUCGAACCCAGCGAACGCCAAGCCAAGCCAAGCUGUCCUCUCCGGCGGCUGCAGCCGCCCCGAGUGGGUGCUGACACCCUAAAGCGGGAGGAGAGGGGCAUCGGGCCGGGCUUAAGGAGCGAACAACCUCCUCUCCAGAGCCGAGCGCGCUUCAGCGGCGAGAGAUCAUGGGAUUAAGGUUGGAAAAGACCUCUGGGAUCAUCAAGUCCAACCACCACCCAACACCCCCAGGCCUCCUAAACCAUGCCUUGAAGUGCCGCAUCUACAUGUCUUUUAAAUACCCCCAGGGCUGGUGACUCCCCCACCUCUCUGGGCAGCCUGUGCCAGGGCCUGACCGCUCUGGCAGGAAAUAAAUUUUUCCUAAUGUCCAAUCUAAACCUCCCCUGACGGAGCCUGAGGCCGUUUCCUCUCAUCCUAAAUAUAUAAUAAAGGAUUCAGAAGCUACGAAUAUUCGCCGUGAGCAACUACACCCCCAAGGUGGGCAAGAUGUUGCUAGAAGCUGAUUUUACAGAACGCGCAGCAGGUGGCACUAAUUCCUCAGCGACGCCCUAAGGACUGUCAAGCCUGGGAGGGCAGGUGUCCUUCACCCCGCCCUGUUUCUGCUGAGCCUAUUUCUGCAGCCGCUCAGAGAACAUGCUCCUGAAGUUUGGAAACCUUAGCGGUCAUUCACUUCAGCACAAAAUUGUGUCAAAGUAAACGCUCAGCGCUGCACUUCUCAGGGAAGAUGCUAUUUGAUCAACAAAAUGAAGCCUGCAAAGCUGCACUAUUGGAUGCUGGGCUGGUUUUCUGUGGCACUGUGUUGUUUGUGUACUUCGGAUAAGUUCACUCAAAGUGACAACCACCCUCACACCUGGAAAAAGCUGUAUCUUGCUCAUCAUUGGCCGGUGACUGUAUGUAAGAUGAAUGCUAAUGAUUGUAAAGACCCUCCUGAUUACUGGACAAUCCAUGGACUGUGGCCUGACAAAACUGAAGAGUGUAACAGGACGUGGCAUUUCAAUGUCACCGAGAUUAAGGAUCUUCUGUCAGACAUGAGACGUUAUUGGCCUGAUGUGCUUCAUUCGUCUCCGAAUCGCACCCAGUUCUGGAAACAUGAGUGGGAGAAACAUGGCACUUGUGCAGCCACGCUUCAGGUCCUUAAUUCUCAGAAGAAAUACUUUGGUAAAGCCUUAGAACUCUACCAGCACGUUGAUCUUAACAGUUGUCUCCUGAAAGCUGGGAUAAAGCCAAGCAGUUCAUAUUACCAGAUGACUGCCAUAAAGGAAGCUCUUACAAAAUUUUAUGGUGUAACGCCAAAGAUCCAAUGUCUUCUUCCAGAAAAGGGUGAAAAAGCACAAACGAUUGGUCAGAUUGAGUUCUGCUUCACCAAAGAACUGCAGCUGAGAAACUGCACGGCACUGAAGGAUGAGUCCGGCACGAUGCGGGCUGACCUGAAGCUUUCAACUGAAGAGUUGUCUGUCUGCGAUGAUUCUCUUCCAACCUAUUACCCUUCACAGGUCCAAGAUCACAAAUGAAGCCGUAAGAGUUUGAAAAACUUCAAACAGCAACAAAACCAAAACCCUUAAACAUUAUACCUUGGAAAGCAGUCUCGUCUUAGCAAUGUUACAGAGCCCUGUCCGUAUCGCGGGCAUGCUGUGAAGAUUUCUGCUGGAAAACACGCUUCUUUUGCCAUUUAAGGAGGACGGUCCCCAUUGUAUUAUCAGUUACGCAGGCUGAAGUAUUGAAUUGUGGCUCUGAUGUUGAUGGGAUCAGAAUCUGAUUUACAGCUUUGCCUGGACUUCCUGGCUUGCUUAUGGUUUGAAUCAAUGUUCCAAAGAGAACUGUGACUCGGUUUCACUCGCAGUCAAGUCUGCCACUUCAGCCACGUUCGGGUUUUGCCAGUGAGUCAGGGAAAUGAAGUCGUUCUUUGUUUCAAAAGGAUGCUUGUCUCUCUGAGACGAGAUGACAGUUUCUUAAGAUGAAAAUAUUGUAAACAAAAAGAACUGAGACACCUGUCUGGAGGUCCUUUCCCAGACAUAAUACCCGCUGCCUUGUGUUCGUUUGCUCUCCAGAAGUGUUGAACAGAAGCCACAUCCUCUGAGGCAUUAAAACUUUCCUCACUCAGAAAUCACGGUGGGCCAAAGGCGACAACUUUUGCAUAACUUCUUAGUGCACGAAAUAACACUCACCAGGUUUUGGCACUUCUGCCUAAAAGGCCCCAAGAAGGCUGUAUUUGUAGCCUUACCUGUUCUUUGAUUGAUUUUGCUGUAGUAGCUCCACACAGUCUUGAAAAGCAACCAAUCUUAGAACUUGCUAGUGUAGGAAAAUGUUAGGCCCUAGAAAUAUGUUAUUAAUUUUUCGUUGUAUUUUAACAUGUAGCAUUACCACACGAGUGUGUCUGCCUGCACUCUUAUUUAAAAAUGAGAUUGUCACAUAAACACUUUGUUCCAAGAAACAGCUUUUUAUAGGCGAAACAGUACGUACUACAGCAUUUUCAGUGAAAAAGUACAAAAGUUAGCAACAUUGCAUCUCUGUCCCGUAACAAUUAAUAACAUGCCACAUAGUUGGAUGUUUCUAAAGGGGACCAAAUUUGGAUGACCUCCUCUACACCGUGCUGUGUUGAUAUAAGUGUCUCAAAUUGUCUUUAAAGAAAGACAAUUAUGGCUCAAGCAGCAGCCAUCUGUUAGAAGAACGUUACUGUGAAAACAUGAAUGUGGUAUUAGGUAUAAAUUUGUUGUCUUUGAGGGUUUAGAAACCACUCGCAUUUACUCCUAUUUUUGACUGUCCCUGUUUCUCUGCCACCUUUUAUUUAAGGCUCUGUUACCUUGCCAUUCCAGAAUGCUGUCAGGUUUUUAGCCCUUUCUUUAGAAACUCAGAUAUUUAUUUUAACAGCUAAGAAAUGAGUAUGAUCUGCACUCAGUUGUAUCUGCAUUUCAGUAGAGCGAGGGCUUCUCUCAAAAUUUGUCUUCCUUCCUGAGAGGGGAAAUAUAUUAAUGUAUACUAAUGCUAUAUUAAUAUACUAAUGGUAAUCAGAUCUAGCGGUUUUAUAGUAGCCAUGGCAUGUUCAGCUCGUGUUGAACAUGACCUGAGACGUGACCAGAAUCACAAUCCCAGAAUCCCAGGUUGGAAGGGACCUCAGGGAUCAUCCCGUCCAACCUUGCUAGGACAAGCACAAUCUAGAAGAAUCACAAUUCUUUAUUUCCCCGAUUUCUGCCAUCAUCUUCUAAGCAGGGAGACUGAACUGAGAAGACUACAGUGUAGUUGGGUUUUGUGGAAUCUUUUGCAAUCACUAAUACUUGUGUCCUCCUAAUUACAAAAAUUAUCUUAGCCUGAAGAAAACACAUACUUGUUGCAAAAAAAUGCAUUUCUCUGCAAAGGAGCAGCCCACGGCUCGUGUACUUUUUUAAACUCUCUCUCCGACUCUUUCAGAUAGUACUUAGAUGGUGCAUAGGCUUUGGGCGGACGACACGGAGCGCAAACAACUUAGAAUGAGCAUUCAUUUACAAUUCACAUCACAAGUUGUUUUUUUUUUAAAGAAGCAAGACUCGCAUUUUCCUCAAAAUUACGCUUUUUUAUUUUAACGGUUUGGAUUUUUUUCGUUGCUUGGUGAAGUCCCUCGUCCUCCUUUUCCUUUCGAAGCUCUCAGAGCGCAGUGCCACGUCCUUGCUUGUUAGGCUAAUCGGCAGGGAGGGAAGUGGAAACAGAGGUUGGUAACUACCGUCAGGUCGUCUCACGAACGUCUUGCUCGGUGCUUUUCGGUCCACAGUUCGGUUAUGAACACCGUCCUUCAUUAGAACGAUAGGUUCUCAAAAUCUCGCGGUAAAUAUUGCCACCUUGGAUGAGCAGGUGCAGUAUAAAAAAACCCCAGGAAGCCCACAGCAACGUCCUGUACUGCCAAAUGAGCGACUGUUGGCAUUGCCUGUUUUUCUGUAGUUGUUUUGAUUCCUUGGUCCUCUUCACAGUUAGAAGAAAAGCUCAAACUUGGAAGGAACGGUAACGUUGGUUCUUGCACAGACAUGUGCUUAAUGGAAGCUCAAAUCAAUACCCUGGGUUUUUUUUUUUUAUUGCAGUAUAAAUUAUAUCUUCUUUUAUAAUGCCAAAUAAUGAUUAGGGAAGCAAAAUAUACAGUGUGAGUUCUUUGUGGUUCAAGUGAAAUGCAUUAAUUUAAGCACAGCCAACAACCACAAAUAUGUACUUUAGAAGGAAGCGGCCCAGACACUAACAGCCUUCGCAGCGUGAGGCUCAAAGGUAAAGCUGACUCUUGCCAGAGAGAGUUACGGGACACGGACAAGGGUCAGGAAUCCGACCAGCCUCUCUGGCAGAGUAGUGUGGCUUCCAUGGGUUUUUCAGCCUUGUUUUCAAAUGCAAGAAAUGUGAGGCAGCUGAUAAGUUUUAAAACUUUGAGGAGAAGCUGGCAUAACCUGAAACGAGGAGGAGAGCGGAGGGGAGGGAGACAGCAAAGCCAGCAGCGUGCUAAACAGCUACCCGCAACGGGGUGGACAAUGACUGAUGAACGUUAAGUCAAGGUUGGCUAAAAAUAACCUCACGGACUCUGAAAUCCUGUGUAAAGGCACGUACCUGCGGUGCUGCAUUUGCUUUGACAAAACCACACCCACAUUCUUUUUAUUUUGCCAACAUCCUUACACAUUAAAUAUUUUAAUUCGUGAUGAUGGAUUUAUUAGUAGCAGCAAUAAAACGCUAUAUGUGA